UAUUUUUCAAUGCUCGGCCAGGCCAGUGCUGGCCGUCUCGUGUCGCGAGAAGGACGUACAUGCCGAUAUGUCUCGCGGCGUACAUCGCAUGCUUAGCACAGUUUCGAGCUCACCUGUCCACACCGUCAUGGUCAGAUUAUAUGUGGACCUGAUAACGGUGUUGAGCUCCACACUGACCGCUAGCCAGCAGCAUGCUAAACAAGGCAGCUUGCUUCGGACGCCGAGUAUCAGCCUGCUGGCGAUAAACAAAACGCGCGUGGCUCCCCAUCUUCUCCACGCAGUCAAGCCCCAAAAACUUCCUCAAUUGUCAACAUCAUGUCAGGCUACUACGGUCCCUCUUUCUCCAGACCCCCUUCGAGGCCCAACUCGUUGGCUGCGUCCAGGGCCAACUCGAUAGUCCAGUCCCGAAACAACUCCUACGUAGCAUCGAGAAACAACUCUUUCGUAGCAGCAAGCACCCCCGCCACGCCGCGGGCGCGCUCCACUGCCGCAGCCACACCUCAGGCCUAUCUCUCCAGGGCCAACAGCAAAGAUGAUGGAGCUGAUACUCCAGACUAUAACUCAGAGAUCGUUCGCAACGAGAAGGGCGAACCCAUGAUCGGGAGGAUUGUCGGUGGAAAGCAUGUCAGCGAAGAGAACAACGACAUCGAUGCAGACUGCGGUCCCAUCAAGACCGUCGAUAUCGACAUGCCACUGACUCUCACCGAGACGGUGAAGCACAAUGAUAAGGAGUACAUCGUCCUCACCUUCGCUACUGGCGACAAGGAGAACCCCUUCAACUGGAACCCCUGGUACAAGCGCAGCAUCACCACCAUGCUCAACUUGAUGACGCUGUUCAUCGGCCUCGCAACCACAGCUUACUCUUCAGGUAUCAACAGCAUGUGCGAAGAGUUCGGCGUCGGUAGUCUUCAGGGUCAAUGGGGUCUGUUCACCUUCAACAUGGCAUGUGCCGUCGCACCCAUGGUCCUCGCCCCCUUCUGCGAGCUUGUCGGCCGCAAGAUUGUCUACGCCUCUUCCUUCCUCUGCUUCUCGCUGCUCUUCAUCGGACUCGCUCUCGCCCCAGGCAUCAACACCAUCAUCGGUCUUCGUCUCCUGCUCGGUUUGUUCGGCUGCGUUGGUACCAUCCUGGUCGGAGGCACCUUCGACGACAUGUACCCCGCCGAGAAGCGUGGUCGUCCCAUGGCCAUGUUCAGUUUCGUCGCUAUCUUCGGUACCGUCUCCGCGCCCAUCUACGCCGGCUUCAUCGACCAGGCCAUCGGUUGGCGCUGGAUCGAAGGCAUCCAGGGUAUCGCCAACGUUCCCCUUCUCAUCGCCAUCUUCGUCGCCUUCCCCGAGACCCGUGGUGGUGUUUGUCUGCACAAGCGCGCCGUUGCGCUCCGCAAGGCUACUGGCGACGACCGCUACGUCGCCGAAGACGACAUCUACACUCCAGACGUCAAGUCCAUGCUCAAAGCAUCAUCCGUCAAGGCUAUCCGCAUGCUCGUCACCGAGCCCGUUGUCUUCGCGUUCGGCAUGUGGAUCGCGUUCUGCUGGGCCGUCGUGUUCCUCUUCCUGUCUGUCAUCCCGAUCACGUUCACCGAGAAGCGUGGCUGGAACGAGGGCGUUGCCGGUCUGCCCUACAUCAGUUUGGCUAUCGGUACGUUCCUGGGCUGGGCGGCGCACCACCUCCAGAUGCGCAAGUACAACAAGCUCCAAGCCGACCCGGCGGUACAGGUCGUGCCUGAGCACCGUCUUUACGGUGCUAUGUUCGGCGCUGUGUGGUUGCCAAUUGGUCUGUUUAUCUACUCGUUCACGCAGUACGGAUACAUUCCCUGGAUCGCACCGACCAUUGGUCUCGCACCCAUCGCGUUUGGUAUCUUCUUCGUCUUCGAGUCGACGUACAGCUACACUGCAGACUGCUAUGGCGAAUCAUCCUCAUCCGCCAUCGCCGGCCAAGGUCUCAUGCGUAACACGCUCGGUGCGGUUACGCCGUUGUUCGCCAGCGCAUUCUUCCACAACGUUGGAAGCCAGUACGCUGGUCUCAUUCUUGCGUUGUUCGGAACGGUGUUGAGUUUGAUUCCGUUUGUGAUGUUCAAGUAUGGACAUCAGUUGCGCGCGAGGAGUAAGUUGGCGCAGGAAUUUGGUGGAAAGUAGGGGGGGGAGUUUGUGGCAUUUGUUGGCGUUGCAUAGCAUAUCUAGCGUUUUAG